GUUUUUCUGUUUUAAAAAUUAGUCGCUUGUGCUUGUAGUUUGCCUGCUGGUAGAACUUUAGAAAUAAAUUUUAUAUUAAUAAAUAAUUGAAUUCCUUAACUAAAAUAAUGGAGCCCAUGACAUUAGGAAGUCCCAGUGGAAGCCCUGCUACCGGUACAAGCCCUUAUUUGCCAUCAUUUCUAAUGGGUGAGCCGAAUGCGCCGUCAACUCCACGAAAUAACACACUGUCUCCAAAUAAAGGGCGCAAUAUAUCUUUUGCUCCUUCACCGGGUGCAACAUCACCACAAGACUUCAACCGUUCAUCAAUGGGACAAAAAACCCUCUUUGGAUACCAGCAGGCAUCUUCGGGAGGAGCAAAUUAUCCGGGAACACCAAUACAGAACCACAACGCUAGCAUGUCUGGACCCCCAACUCAAGGUCUCUUUGAUUCACUCCACUCGGAUCGCAAUAUGGUUCAAACACCUACACGCUCCAAUCCCAUGGGUAGUUCUCAGCAUCAAUCCAUGCAGUACGGCACACCACUCAGUCAUCAGUAUCAAAUGAAUCAAUCAAUCAAUGAUUCUUUCUUGUCGGCUGGCAAAAACAACAGUUUUAACCCAUCUCGCCUCACAUCACCGCCAGUGCCAAAUGCAAUGCCAUUCGACUAUCGCAACAACAACAACUCUAACAAUUCUAACCUCCUUCAAUGUGGGUCGUCGAUGCCCAGGUACACCGAGUUCUGGAUAACUGUCUAUGGAUUUCCACAAAGUGCCACUUCAAUGAUUCUAUCGCAUUUUUCUCAAUGCGGUACUAUUAUCGAUAAAGUUUUCCCAUCACAAAAUGGCAAUUGGGUACAUUUGAAGUUUUCUUCACGUCUAGAGUGUGACAAAGCCCUUAACUACAAUGAGAAGAUUCUCGGAAGCAAUAUAAUGAUCGGUGUGACACAGUGCAAGGACAAGAACAUCAUAGACAAGGAAAAUGUCUGCGAAAAUAAUCAGGUAAUAUCUAAAAUUCGACCACUCUCUCAAGUUGCCUAUAGAAGUGCUCAAAGCGAAUCAGCCGUCAUCGCUAGUCCCAACGCUCCACAAAAAAGCUCCGGACUCGUUAACAAAGCUAUGGAUCUAUUUUUCGGAUGGUAGAGGAGGAUUUUGAUUAUAAUCAAUUAAAAACAAAUUUAAAUUAAAUUUUUUAUUGUGUUAUGUUUUCUUUUAUAUGUAUGUAUAUUUUCAUUAAAAUUGCAUGUUAAGUGCCUUUUACUCGGGCCACUUAAUAUUGUAAAAUCAUUUCAACACAAAACAGA